AUGAGGGCGGCGAGGGCAGCUCAGCUGGCUCAGUGCCCCCUGGGGCGGCAGAGGGGCAUGACGGCAGUCCCAGCCGAGCCAGGAGCUCUUCGCUCCCCGGCCGGCCGGCACGGCCGCAGCCGCUCCGCGGCCCGCCCCUUCCCUCUGGAUUUGUCUUCUAGGCGGCGGUUUCGCUUUCGUUUCCUCGCCCAGGAGGCGAGGGAGCGGCGGAGGCGGAGCCGCUUCCGCGCCGGGCCCGCCGGGAGCGGCUCUCCCAGGAGAAAGCAGCCGCGGCCGGCCAUGGCGUUGCCCACCCAGGUGCUGCGGGCGCUGUGCGCCGGCGGCGGCAGCCUGGAGCUGGAGGAGCUGCUGCGGCGGCUGCCGGGCCGGCCCACGGCGGAGCAGCUGGCGGCGGUGGUGCGGGACCCUCGGCACUUCACGCUGGUUCGGACGCCCGAUGAGGCGGGAGCGACGGCAGCGGCGGCAGCGGCGGCGACGACCGUGACCGUGCUGGUGGUGGCUACCAGCUCGCUGCGGCUGUGCCCGGAGCACGGCGCGGGCUGCCGGGGGGGCUGCGGGCGGCUGCACCUCUGCAAGUACCAUCUGAAGGGCGUCUGCCGCAACCAGCAGGCCAGGAAGGAAUGCAAGUUUGUUCACGACUUCUACUCUCCUCACAACCACACUGUUCUCAUACAGCAUGGACUCGACAGCACUUUUAGCAGUGAUGAACUCCGCCAGCUUCUGCUCCAAAAUGACCCUACCCUCUUACCGGAGGUCUGCCUGUAUUACAACAAAGGUGAUGGACCUUAUGGAUCUUGUACCUUUAAAAAGCUCUGCACCAAACUGCAUGUUUGCCAGUACUUCUUGCGGGGACAGUGCCGAUUUGGCAGCAGCUGCAAGCGAUCUCAUGACUUGUCGAAGCCUGAGUGCUGUGAGAAACUGGAGAGACAGGGAAUGAGUUCAGAUAUUAUUCAGAAACUGCCAUCCAUUUACAGAAAUAUGUAUGCCAUACAAAAUAGCAAGGGAAGCAAGCAUGACACAGAAGAUAACAAGUCUUCACCAUGCAAAGAGAGAAAACAUAGCUCUAGCCAAGAGUCCACAUCUACCAGUAAUGAAGUGGAACAGAUCUGUUUGUAUCAUCUGUACACAAGUUGUGUCUUUGGAGACAAGUGUAUCAGAAUUCAUUUUCACUUGCCAUAUAGAUGGCAGAUCUCUGAUGGUAAUACCUGGAAGGACUUGGAGAAUAUGGAAGAACUAGAAAAAGAAUAUUGUGACCCCAAUAACAUCAGAUCUGCUAGACAUAUUUCUAAAUGGGGCUUUAUCUUCUCAUACAUCUCUUUCGUGGAUAUGCAAUCUGGAUUAAAAAAGGUCAGACGUCUCUCCACAGCCUCCUCUGUGACUAAACCACCUCACUUCAUUCUUACAACAGAAUGGAUCUGGUACUGGGAAGAUGAAUAUGGAGUGUGGCAGGAGUAUGGAAAAAAAGAUAGUGAUCAUGCAGCUGCCACUGUAAGCAGUGAUGACCUGGAGAAAGCUUACGCUGCGGGAAGUUCUCCAAAGCUGAACUUCAAGGCUGGAGUGCAUGAAUAUGAACUGGAUUUUGGAGCCAUGACUCAGAAAAAUCUUCGCUAUAGAACAGAGAGAAAGGUUUGCAGAAGACCUAAAUUUGUGUCUCAGUCAGAGGUCGAAAAGAUAAGAAAAAGGGGCUUUAAGAAUACAGAAGAAUUUAAGAGGAUUCCAUCUCACUGGGACAAAUCUGCUCUGCCUGAGCUGGGAUUCAAGCUGAUUGAUCUUGACAGUUCUUCUGAAGAAUACAACAAAGUCAAGGGGGACUUUCAACGCACAAUGCCAAGAACACAGAUUAAAAAGAUUUGUAGAAUUCAGAACCCAUCUCUCUGGGAACUGUAUCAAUGGCAGAAGGAACAAAUGGAAAAGAGCAAUGGUGGAAAGACAGACGAACGUUUCUUAUUUCAUGGAACCAGUAAAAAGCACAUUGAUGCCAUCUGUCAUCAAAACUUUGACUGGAGGAUCUGUGGCCUCAAUGGAACAGUCUAUGGCAAAGGAAGCUAUUUUGCAAGGGAUGCAUCGUAUUCUGACGCCUACUGCAGGGAAGGUUCAUGCAGCAAGACUAUGUUUCUGGCACGAGUGUUGGUAGGAGAGUUCACUGUUGGUAGGUCGAGUUAUGUUCGUCCUCCCCUGAAGGACAACCAGAACUUCUAUGACAGCUGUGUGAAUAGCUCUUCAAACCCUUCUAUCUUUGUCAUCUUUGAGAAGCAGCAGGUUUAUCCAGAGUAUCUCAUUGAAUACUUGGACCAGGCAUGUGCAAGAAUGCUGUAGCAGCAAAACAGGUCAUCAUUACAUGUAGCUCAAAUAAACAUUAUAUUUGUCAUGACGUAACAGAGGAAAGUGAUUUCUGGAAGUCAUAUAGUUGGGUAGAUGAGCAUUCAGACAUUUAUUCUAUACUUUCUGUGCUGUGGAAGUCAAGGAGUAAAAAGACACAAAGGAUAUUUUAGAAUUAAAAUCCUCUGUCUCCUAUUGUUUUAGCAGGUGUCAGCUUUUCCUGUACUGCAGUGUUCUGAGGUUUCUGUGUGUUUACUGGAUGGAUUCACUGAUGCUUGUAAAAUGAAGAUUGGCUGUAACUGCCAAGUUUAAAUAAUAUUCUAUUACAGCUGUUUCAGGAUAGAUCCUUACCAGUGUUCACUGUUUAGAAUCUGCCCCCUUUCUACCUUCUCAUUUUUCGACUCAGAAUUUGAUAAAAUCUGCUUUUUUUUUAAUAGUAUUCUACAGCAGUAGACGUUAAAGUGUUUGCAAAUGAGACUGUACAAUCUGUCUCUUGUACUCAAGUCACUGCCUAAAUUAUUAGCAACACUGUUUUUCUGACCCUACUUAAUCUUCACUGAAGCAGCUGCAGAAAUUAAACCUUUGUUGAGAAGGAGCAGGGACUUACUCUCACUUGCUGAUUUUCUCAUUUAAAAGAAGUAACAAAGUAAUGAACCAGAACAAGGGUUGCUUUGAGGUGUGGUACUUAAACCACUGACUUUUUACCAAUAACUACUGUACUUUAGGUUGGUGAGAGCACAAAUUUUUAAUGACUUUUGCUGUGCCUACAAACAAGAGUGCUGGCAUACACAGUGAGGAGAUGAGAAAGCGACUCACCUCAUUCUAGAAUAUUGUGCUUGGGAGAGAAAUGCAAUGCUUGCACUGCUUACUUAACAGCACGCUCUUUCUUUGAAGUAUCCUUGUGAUUCUGUUGUAACUGUUGUGAACGAAUGAGUAUCUCUUGCUUGCCUUAGAUGUAUUUAGUUGCAGGGGACGUACUAGUUACCUAUGUAACCAAGGUCUCUGGGCUUUCUUGCUGGAGAAAAGCAUUUAACUGUGAGUAGUCUUCAGGUGCAGCACUGAAGCUGUUAAAAAUCUCAAGACUAAGGUGAAUAUUUAACUGCUCUCAGCAAAAGGUGUUAUAUGUUAUUAGCACCGAGCAGUCAGUACAUGCAGAUAAACAAGAAUCUUGAACUACUGGGCAUUUCUUAGGGUGAAAGCUGAUGAUACUUGGCAUCCUGCAUUUAUUGCUACGUUAAUGCUUCUGAAAGAGUACAUGCUAACUACAGAUUAUAAAAACUUCAAGACAUGUUUGCAUAUGGCAUAAAAACCUUCUCUCUACCUCUACUCUAGAAGCACUUCUUUCCAGUUCAUCUGAAUCCUGACUGACAGGUGGGUGUUGGGCUACUUGUACUACCUGCACUGUGAGCUAGGAGCUGAGGCACGGUUAGCCAAACAAGCCUGUGCGGAAGCUCUUUUAUAUAAACCAUAAAGCAAGCAGCAAAAUACCCAAAUGAAAAUACCUUCAACCAUACGAUUAAAUCCAGGAAGUAUGUGGAAAAGCAUAUUGGCUGUAUUCUUUCUCUUGAAAGAUUUGUUGUAAAACAUAUGUUAAAUCUCACCUCAGCAAGUAAUGCAUUCAUUAAGGGCAAUGUGAUGUAUGAAAGCUUGAACUACUUGUGCAAAGCAAGACUUCUGCCAAAACAUGUUAUCUAUAUGUUCGUGGCAAAUAAGGAGGCUGAUGGUGUGCCUUCCUUGCUGUGAACAUAACCAGAGCUAUUGUUCUAUGCUUGAUCCGACUGAAAAACUGUGUUUUACCCUUUUGCCAGGAAACAUGCAAAAAGUUGAGAUAUUUUUAAUAACAAUUUUGAUGGCUAAUUCAGAUACAAACAAUAUUUUUAAAACUUUUAUUAGUGUGUGUGGGGGGGGGGGGGCUGGGUUUAUUACUUUUCUACUUGUUAUUUCUCCAGUAACAUCCAAUAGAAAAAAAUUACCAUGUUUUCCACUCUUCAAACUUUAGUGGAAAGUUUCCCAUGUAUCAUCAAUUAAAAGGUACUUGACUGCUGAA